UAUGAAUUAAGUAAUUGUCAAGCAGAUGUGUUAAGUAUACCUAUACUGCUGUUGGGACCUUAAAUUAAGUAAAUACAACUACUGCACCUACAAACGCUUUUUUAAUUUUUAGUUGCACCAACAUCACAGUUUACUUGUGGAAGCAAUGGAUACAAAUGCAAGGACGUCUUAAAAUGUAUCGACAACACGAAGACAUGUGAUAAGAAUCUAGAUUGCCCUGCUGGGGAUGAUGAGGAGUCAUGCUGUAAGUAUUUAUGCUUGCCCAAUAGGUAAAUUAUUUUGGGUUAAUGAAAAAAGAACUAGCACAUUUUCCGUAUAUUUACUCAUUUCGGCGCCGCUCGUGAAAUUUGCAGAGCUUCCGAUGCGGCGCUCAUUCGGGGCUCUUUAAAAAAAGUUGAUCUCAAAUGUGGCGCUCUCAUUCGGGGGCGGCGCUCAAUCGAGUAAAAUGUAAAUACGAUAUUCGAAUGAAUGUAUGUGAUUUAGUUCAUGUUGAGUGCAUGUUAUUAAUGAAUUAUUAAGAUACAUUUACUUGUUGGUUUUAGUGAUCAAUGAAUGUGAAAAAGACGGAGGAAAUUGCAGCCACAUUUGUCAUGAUACUGAAACAAGUUACUACUGUUCUUGCAAACAUGGCUUCAAAAUGAUGAACGACUCUAAAACCUGUAAAGGUAAUAAUAGUCGUUGGGGAAAAGAUAAAAUAAAUUAUGAAGAAAAAAUGAAAUUAUUUAAUAUAUAUGUAUGUACAGACUGAAACAAAUAUAUAUUAUGAAACAAAACAUAUAUUAUUUUAUAGAUAUAAAUGAAUGUGAUACAAUUGGAAAAUGCAGUCAAGUAUGCACCAACACUGAAGGUUCCUACAAAUGCUCAUGUAAAUCAGGAUAUGUCUUAUCACCAAAUGGCAGAAAUUGUAUUCCUACUUCAGGUACAACACUUUUUCCAUAAUAUGUUUUGUGCACACUCACCCAGGUAGACUGUGGCAGUGGCACUGCGAUUUCCAAUUCCAUAACGGUUUUCCUUGUGAUUUCGCGAUUUCCAAUUCCAAAACGGUUUUCCUGAUGCAUAUCUUUGAUCUUGUGUAGGUAAAAAGAAAGAGAAGCUCUUAAUCGCAGUUGGUUUGGAUGUGAGAAGUAUCGAACAUGACGGAUCUAGAAUGAAAUGUGUUGUUAAGAAAAACAUAAAGAAUGUUGUAGCAGUCGCCGUACAUCAUAAAAAGAACAUCAUUUUUUGGGCAGAUGCAUAUAUAGGCGAGAUUUUUAGUUCUAUCCUUGGCCAUAAGAACAUCUCAGCAAAGAUUGUACAGGUAGCAACUGGCAGCUCUCUUAAAGAUUUGGCAAUUGAUUGGAUAACGGAAAAAUUGUACUGGCUUACAACAACCUCGCAAGGUAAGUGUAGUUCGACUUUAUUUGAGAACCAGUUUUUUUCUUUUCCUUAAAGGAGCUUUGUAGUCAAAAUAGAAAUUUAAGGAUGUAUUUUCAUAGUGCUUUUCCAAUAACCGGUUUCAUCUUUUUACCUGUUUUUAGUUUCCACAAUACAUGUUGCAGAAUUUAAUGGUUCAAACAAAAAGACUGUAUACACAGUUAAAGAGGAUAUUCAUAGUAUUGCUGUGGAUCCACUUGGAGGGUAAGUAUUAAUUUGUAAUCUUGUAAUAAGUAAAUCUUGCAUGUUGACUACACAAACAAACUCUAGCAAGUAGACAAUCGACAAUAUGCUAACCGUAUGCAGGCAAAGUGGAUCAUUCGAUAAAAUGACACGAGUGGAAAAUGUCUAGUGUGAAUUUUAGUGGAAGUGCACCACAAUCCACAUCUUUUACCCAGCUCUAAUGUGCUGUUAAAACAGUGCCGUUCUUUCAUGCAUCUUGAGUUGCUUGCAUUCCUGUAGUUAGGCCUAUAUGUGCAUGUGAAGUUUUAUGCAUUAAAUACAUGCGAUUUAGUCCAUGUCGUUCGUGUUAAGGUAUUUACUUUAAAACCCAUCACUAAUUUUAGAUACCUGUAUUGGACAAAUUUAAAUGCCCGAAAGAUUUCCCGAGCUUAUAUGAAUGGUGAACACAAGGAAGAUAUCAUCACAACGUCACUCUUGUCACCUACUGGACUAACCAUCGAUUAUCCUAAUAAUAAGCUGUUCUGGUUGGAUUCCAAAACGCAUUAUAUUGAAUCAAGUGAUUUGGACGGGAACAAUCGACGCCGUAUUGAAGUAUAUGAUCUUCGGUUUCCAUUUGAUAUUGCUGUAUUCGGUGAUAAUAUUUACUGGAGUGAUUCUAAUUUGAAAACUGUCUCGUCAGCAAAUAAAUUUACUGGAAAAAAUAAGACUGUGCUUAUUAAUAGCGAGAAUAUUGCAAGUUUCGUACCUAAAGGAAUUUCAAUUCAUCAUUUUCUGUCACAACCAGCUCCAGGUAUGUUAUAACUUGUUGCCAAACAUACCAUAUACCAUCCGUUGUACACUACAGCGUACCCAGGAUCAUUCUUUGGGAAAGACCCCUGGCAGCGACUGGUCACGUGCCUCGUCCAAAAUUUAGCGUCCGAGGGGGUGUGGGAAAAGUAUCAAAUUACAUCAACAUGGAUAUACAAAUAUAUCUGAUAUGCCUCAUUUAAUAAGGCAUUUAUAUAAAUCAACAAUCUGGAUACAGUUGGUGAUAUGUCGGAAAUCAAAAGAUCUCGCUAUUUCGUUGCAAUUCCACAUCUCAUCAAUAAAUAAAUUCUUUUGGUCCGAGUAUCAGGAUACACUUUUAUACUAUUAAAAUAAAUAACCACAUUGGUCGGAUUCUGGGAUAUAUAUUUUCUUGUAGGCUAUUGCCACGCCGCCAACGCGUGCUAUUCUCAAGCAAGACUAUAUGAAGUUGAAAAUUGAAAUCUGAUCCAACUUUUGCUUGAAUUGUAACUUGACACUAGAUUAUAGAGUAGAAAGUCAAACACGAUAUAAAUAUUAAUUUAAGAGUUCUCUUCACGAUUUCUUAUUGCAAAUUUAAAUUUCAUCACCCAAAGUUGCAAUUUUUACUACGCGACAAACGCGCUCCUCUCCCACCCUACCCAUAGUAUAACUUUAAUUUAGCAUCAAAAUGUGGGAGCCACGUGACCAACCGCUGCCAGGGUCUUUCCCAAAGAAAGAUCCUGGGUACGAGGCUGAUUGAACGUUUUGCUCGAAAUCAUUCGAAUGGUUUUGACUAAUUUUUCAACACUUAAAGCAUACCAUAGGACAAGUACCAUUCAUGGAGGAAACUAAGCAUACAGGAAUAAUACUUCAGGCGCUUUGAGAUAUUUCUAACAAACACUAUAUGUGUCCCAAUUUAGCUAUGUCUAAUAUAACUCCAAGUUUUUUUUGCGCUUUCUUCAGGUGACAACCCAUGUACGAACAAUGGUGGUUGUAGUCAUUUAUGUCUCCUUAUACCAAAUGGCUUUCAAUGUGCUUGUCCUGAAACUGGUGACUUACUGCCUGAUCAAAAGAACUGCAAAAUGCGUAUGUAUCUUUUAAUGUUAAGCUAAACUUAGAUUGUUAUAGAUUGAAAUACUUAUUUUGACUAGUAGGGCCUACUUUUUCAUUGGUUUUAAAUUUUGAUAUUUUUUGUGAAGGUUAAUUUAUGUAUGUAUAUUUUUAUAUUACAGCAGCGAAAUCUACGACAACUCCCAUGUCCCAAGAUGCUAAGUCUACAACGCCGUCAACUACCACUGGUACAAAGACUAGUACAAUUCCAAAAACACAACAAAGUAAGUGAGGUUUUCCAGAAAAUAGUAUACUCAACAUGAUCUUGAAAAACCGAAACAAACUUGUAUUUUCAAGUAUAUUAAAUAUAUAAAUGUUGUUCGUGUGUAAGUUGUAAACGUUCAUUAUUGUUGCUGCAAAGUAUUUUGGUUUCUUAUCUUAGGUUGGUAUAUACAUGCAGCAUACUACCGGCAUGGAUAAUAAAAUAAAUGGAUAGGAAACUAGCUGACGUAACCUAAUGUUUUCAAUGGGCUGAUGGCGUGAUUGGAUGUUGAAACCUAGUUGCAAACCAAAUUCUCAAAAACGGCAUGUUUAGCAAUAAUACAGCUAAACGUUUUAGUCAAAGAGCAAAUGAAUAUAACUACGUCAUUCUACGAUGAAAUCUCUAAGUAUUCCCAGUCAAUUUUAGCAAAUAUUUCAAGCACUAAACAGUGAAAAAGGCAUCCCAAAUUUCGUUAAAAUUGGAGACGCCAAUUUCGUAGCUACAAAUGUAAAAAAAAUACAAAACAAAGACAAAAAACAUUAACCUUGAAUACUUUGUCGUGGCUUAGGCAUGUUUUUAAAACUGACAAUUAGACCGGUUUAUGCUUCAAUAUUGCUCUUUUAAGGCGGAAAAUAUAGCGAAACAACAAAAAUGCAGAGAACUUUGCAAUACGCGUGACGUCACAGAUUGCAACUAGGUUGUUUUUGCUUACGUCAGCGAGAGUCCUAUCCAUUUUAUUAUCCAUGCUACCUGUACAACAAGUUUAAAUGAGGUUCCUGGCAGGAAUCGAACCUGCGCGGCCAUGUGAUUCCGGUGCAGCGCUCUAACCAACUGAGCUACAGAGGCUAAUUUGUUAGAGUGUUUGAAAUGUGAUGCAGUAAAUGUAUUCGUAUAUUAUAUCAUGCAACAAAACAAAAACUUACUUGACCGAGUUGUUGAAAUGACGGUUUCUUUUGGUAAAGUAGAAGUAAAGUUGCAUUUUUCGCAGCUGUUCCUGGUCAGGUCUAAUGAAAUGUAUAUAAAUUUCCACUCGAUAAUUUCCAUCUACAAGACCUUUCAACUAUUAUUCAAUCGAGUGAGAUGCCAACAAAAAUAUUUACCCAUAACAAAUUUAUUGCGUGCGAUUGCAAUUCAAUGAAAUUUUUUCUCCCUUUCUCAAUUAUAGCAAGUCCUGGCGUUGUAGCUCCUUCAAAAUCCGAAAGAUCCGGUAUGAGUCACCCAGUUCUUGGCGGUAUUAUUGCUGGUGUCGUCUUUAUUUUAUUGAUACUGAUUAUUGUGAUCGUAUGGUAUCGCAGAAGAAACAACGCAAGCAAAAUGGAGUAAGUAUUGUAUGUAAGAGUUAAAUACCGAGAAGGAGGGCUUUAUGCUAUAUACAGCCCCGAGAACGCGAAGCGUAGCGUUCGAGGGCUUUAUAUAGCAUAAAGCCCGACAUUCGAGGUAUUUAACUGACUUAUUUCAUGAUUGAAGAGGUUUUCUAACAAAGUAUUAUUCUUUUUUUUCGAUUUCGACAAGUAUUUUUCUAGUUUUCUCCCUUAUUUCUUGACUAAUUAGGGCUUUAUGGUAUUCAAGGGCUUUAUGGUAGAUAAAGCCCGCGGUACAUCAAAGAAAACCGACUGAGUCAAUCAUGAAAUAAGCAUGUAUUCUAAAACGAACCAAAAUAAUGUUGCAAAUAGUCAACUGGAUUGAUGUAGAAGCAUAAGCAUCUGCGCACUUGUCGUUAGGUUUAUAGGACUACUCGCAAGCCGGGAACGGCGGAGGUGAAAAGCCUGGCUUGCGAGAUUGGAUUCCCUGCACUAACGGCUGCUCACUCAAACUUAACACCCCACUCCCUUUCUUAUAUACAGCAUUGAUUGUCAUUUGCAUGCAGAAUAGUUUUUCUAUUCAUACAAGUAGUAUAGCACCAUGGAGUUAUUCAAACGGCUAAUUCCCAUUUUGUACAUUCCAGAAUACAUUACAAUUCAGAAGUUGGAAAGGUUAAAAUCCUCUCAGCAGAUGGUAGAAACCCAACUCAGAGCAAGAAAGAUGUGGAUAGAGAUGCGUAUUUCAAGUUUCCAAAUAAAAACUUUAAAGAAUUUGAUAUUGACGAAGAAGACGACGAGGAUGUGGAUAACAUCGGAGAGAAGCAACCGGUACUUAAAACUUUUAGUCGACAAGAAGAUGAACAAGGCUUAAUUAAUGAUUUGGUGUGAUAAAGUUCAGAAUUGCUUGAUCUCUAAGCGUACAGUGUCGCUGCAUGUGCUAUAUGAAAUUCUAUAUGCUUGUUAUGACUGGCUCAUUCAAUGAAUAUUAUUGCGCAUUUCUGUGCAUAUUUUCCGGAAACGUCAUGGCACGUGACGUUUGGAACGGUCGCGUACUAAUUAAGGUGAAUUUAGAUUGCAGAUAUACGGCCUUCUAAAACAAGAGGAAGAGGCAGACAUGACUUUUCAUGACAUUUGCGACCAAAUGGAUGAAAUUUUUUUAUACUGAAAAAUAUGCCAUGUUAUUUUGGGAUACGUACAUCCCAGUAUGUUUGCAAUGCGCGUUCAUCAUGAAUGUGUGAAAAAGUGUGAGUUUCCUAGAGAUUAUUUGUGAUAUUGGAACGCGUUUUCACUUGGUCUGUGCUGCUUUUUUGUUAUUUUUUCUCUAUUUUUUUGUCACUGCUCAUUUAUUUACUCUCUUGAAUUACUUCUUUAAAAUAAAAACAAGGAAAACACUAAUUUAAACAAAUCGUACUAAGUGAAAACGCUAUAUUUCUAAAUAGUAAUUAUUUCAUAAAGUAUGUAUAUAUAUAGUAUAUUUAAAAAUACUAUUUUCUGAAGAAUAUCAAAAGGCCAAUUUACACUACACAACUUUUGCCUCAAAUUGUCGCAUGCAACCUGCUUACAACUUGGGUUGUAUUCAUAGAUAUCUUAUAUACACUAGAUAGCCCAUCUAUUUUAGUAAAAUUGAAGCCAAGAAUAUUCCAGCGGUUACCCCCAUUUGAAUAGAUGGCGGCCAUGUUGGUCGUUCCCACUUCCUAAUAAACGCUUAAAAACAACAAUAAUUUUCAUCAUUUGAAUAGUUUAAAAACGUAUUUGGAAUAGGGUUAACUUCAUGUUUAAGUUCCGUGUUUAAGAAAUAGAAAAUAUACGAAUCUUCUCAUUUCAUGGGAACGACCUGAGUCUGCAAUCACGGCUUCAAUUUUUGAAUUGCAGAAUAAUUAGAUGCACUAUCUAGUGUAUAUAAGAUAUCUAUGCUUGUAUUGUGUAGAUCAAACCGACCACAACUCGCCUACGUUGCCGUAGGAGACUGGGUUGUGUGCUUGGUUUACACAGUACAACUCAGGUUUGUAAGUAGGGUUGUAUGUGACAAUUUGAGGCAAAACUCGUGUGGUGUAAGUCAGCCUAAAGAAAUAAAAAAGAUAAUAUAAAAAUUUAGUUUAAUUAUAAGUAAAUUAAGGUAUAAGUUUAUACUUAUUUAUUUUAAUUGUAAUGUUAACUAAGCUUUACAUGCAGAUUAAUCUCGUUCCCCGAGCCUGUGUCCUCGGGAAGGAACGCGAGGCUCUGGGAUAAUCCAUUUCAGGGAGGAAUCCGAUUGGCCGUUGAUAUGGAAUGCGUAGUUCGGUCUUAGCCAGGAUUCCUGGCUUCCGGCAACGGAUUAUCCCAGAGCCUCGCGUUCCUUCCCAAGGAUUGCAGGCUCGGGGAACGAGAUUAUGCAGAUUAUUGGUACACCCAAGAAAGAAAAUGUCCAAAUGGGGUUAUUCUUGAAUUACCACGCGAGCAGGCAGAGCCUGAUUUCCUUUCUCGGGGACGGGGGAAAACAGGCUCUGUUGGCAGGGGGUACUCUUGGACCACAGAAUGCUGAUGGUGUAAUUUUGACUUUCAGGGGUUAAAAUGUACUUCGUACUAGUAGGUCGUAUAUCCGAAAAUGGUUCAUAGUGCAUUGACAUUGUGAUCGGUUCUACGAUAUCGCUUGUGCUUUAAACCCCUGAGUUUGACGAAGUUUUGUAUCUAAUGGCAACCUCCAUGGUUGCAUAAAAGAUUAAUUUACGUUAUGAAACUAACGUGUAAAUAUUGUACAUAAUUGGGUUGUGCUGGACGUUGUAAUACCUCCCAAAACCAAAGGAUGUGUAAAUGUUUGAACUUGGAAUAUAUAUUGUAUUUAAACGAAAUACUGAACUAUAGUUUAACAAUUAACCAGUGCGAUUAUAAGCGACUCUUUUUCGUCCUUAAAUUUGUACUACUUAAAUUUGUACAAGUAUUGUUAAGAGAAUAACCACUUUGAUCAUCGAAAACAAUGAGUGGGGGUAUUCAGCUUCUAGCAGACAUAACACUAAGUUUCAGUAUAUAGUAAUUGUAGAUUCAGUAAUAAUUAUAAAGUUACAAUAUAACCCAACAUAUAGAAUGUACAUUUGCGUUUAUAUUUGACAAAAUUAUAAUUGCACUCAAAUAUUUGAUGUAAAGAUUAAAGACUGUUUAUAUUGUGUCUCCGUGGUAUGUAUACGUUCGACAAAUGAAUUGUAACCUUCCUCGUGUCAAAAUUCACUCGAGUACAGCUUCGAAAAGUAGUUUAAAUUUGAGACGAAGGGCGCAAAAGUGCAUCUAAGUCCCGUACGAAGUUGCACAAUCGUGUGAAUCUCUAUUUCAAAGCCAAGUGGUUUCUCUCAUUUUCAAAAAUUAAAUGUUUUUAAAGCAAUGAUUUAUGUUUCGUUAUAAUUUUAAGUGGGAAGGUUCUUUUCAUUGACAUUGUCGUUCUUGUUCUUUGUUGACGUUGUGUUCAUUGUGUUACUAAAUAUAUAUAUGACUUAUUAUAAGUAUGCAUAUAGUUCUAUUUUGUACAUAAAUGUGUAGUAAUAUGUAGCAAUAAAUGUUUUCAAAAAUUAAAUUAUAUAAUUUGUGAUAUAAUAUAUAAUUGAAAUAAUUUUGAAAAGGUCU